AUGGCUCUAGAAACUUGGCUCAUCAAAGUAAAGAAGACCAUAGCCCGUGCCACCGCGCCCCAUCAUCACGCACCGAAACCCACCAUUAUGGUCAAGAAAUCCCCACAGAUUGGCGUUUUGGCCUUCGAGAUCUCCGGCCUCAUGGCGAAGCUCCUCCACUUGUGGCAGUCCCUGUCGGACAAGAACGUCACGCGCCUCCGCGGUGACGCCGUGGCAUUGGAGGGCGUCCGGAAGAUCGUGUCCAACGAUGAUGGAUUCCUCUUGGGGCUGGCCUGCGCGGAGUUGGUGGAGAAUCUCAGGGUGGUGGCGAAAUCGGUGGCGAGAAUUGGCCGGAAAUGCGACGACCCAAAGCUCCGGUCGUUUGAGCGGUUGUUGAACGAGUUCGCUAACUCCGGCAAGGACCCUCACGGCAUGGUUGUUGGGUGGAAAGAAAUGGAGGCCAAGAUCAAGAAGAUGGACCGGUACGUGAGCUCCACCGCUCUGCUUCACAAGCAAAUGGACGAGCUUUCCGGCGUCGAGAAUAGCCUCAAGAAGGCCAAGGCGGCGGCGGCGGCGGCGAAGGACCUCGAGAGCUCCGGUAGAGAAAAAAGGCUCAUCGAUCUCCACCAAAAGCUUCAAUGGCAGAAACAACAAAUCAAAUAUCUCAAAGAGAAAUCCCUCUGGUCUAAAACAUUCGACACCGUCACAUUACUACUAGCCCGCUCCAUUUUCACGACGCUAUCGAGGAUCAAAAUCGUGUUCGGAAUCAACAAUUACCCCUCCACGCUCCCCCGGAGCCUCUCCGCUUCCGCUACCGUCCACCCGUCGGAAAAUCCCCCACCCCCACCACCCUUCGUCUCCGGGCCGUUAGUCCAAGAACCCGACUACCCUUCACCCAAUAAAUUCUUCUCAUGGAAUUCCGACAUCCUAAAACCUCCGGCGACCACCCUAGGCGCGGCGGCGCUGGCUCUACACUACGCCAAUCUUAUAAUCGUCAUGGAAAAGAUGAUCCGGUCGCCGCAGCUCGUCGGAGUCGACGCCCGGGACGAUUUAUACUCAAUGUUACCCAACAGUAUCCGGUCGUCGCUCCGGGCGAGGCUAAAAGGGGUGGGAUUCUCUGCCACCGACCCGGCGCUGGCCGGAGAGUGGCGAGACGCGCUGCAGAAGAUACUGGGAUGGCUAUCGCCAUUGGCACACAACAUGAUCAAAUGGCAGAGCGAGAGGAGCUUCGAGCACCAAAACCUCUUGCCCAAGACCAACGUUCUCUUGCUCCAAACCUUAUUUUUCGCGAACCAGGAGAAGACCGAAGCCGCCAUUACCGAGCUUCUGGUCGGCCUCAAUUACAUCUGGAGAUUUGAAAGGGAGAUGAAUGCUAAAGCCCUAUUCGAAUGCACAAACUUCAACACCUUCUUGAAUUUGCAAGAAUUCAAAUAA